AUGGAGACGGAAGGACGUGAGCCGCUUGAUGCUGAGAAGCAGGCUUGUGUCCAGCAGGUCAUGAAUCGUUUCCCUGACAUCUCUCUCAAGUUCGUCGCCUCGAUCGUUGGUCCUCUGGGCCACAACGCCGAGCAGGUGAUUAACCACGUCCUCGAGCGACAGAACUUGGGAGAGGCAUAUCCCAAGGAGCAGACGGAAGUCAUAUCUACGCUCAAAGAAGGAUCGGCGGAAGGGAUGAACGGGUGGAUACAGAAGCAGCGUGUAUACACCGACCCCAGUCGGCCAGCGGAAAGCCCUGGUAGUCCCGGCUUCGAACUGACAAAGACGAUGCUCGCCGGGGAUUUUCCAUACGUCCCCAUGAAGAGCCUUGUGGAGAUUUUGUCGAACCACAAAAACCACCUCUACCCGGCUUACAUUGCAACCUUGGAGAUUGCUGCCAACAAUAUGUUUCAUGGUGCACCACUUCCAUGGACCCCAAAGAAAUAUCCCUCGCCCCUCGACAAACGGUACGAGGACAAGACUCUUUUUGUCACCCUGCGUUCAACCCAAGAUGCCACUGAGGGCAAUCUCAUCCCAGAACUCGCCUUGUCCAGACUAGUGAAGCGACAACAAAGUCUCAGACUAUCCAUGCUCAGUAUCAGAUGCAGAGAUGCCCUGAGUCUCCAACAGGCCAUGGCCAGCGCCCAAGUUUCCGAGUGCGAGGGUUGCUUCGCCGAGUACCCCAUGAACCGCCUCAUCCAUUGCGACGGCGAGCGGCCCCAUCUGUUUUGUCCCAAGUGCUGCGCGACGAAUGCUGAGACCCAGGUUACUCAGUCCAAGAACGAGCUCCGAUGCAUGUCCACCGAGGACUGUAGCGCCGGCUUCUCUGUCGGCGAACGCGCCAAGUUCCUGAGCGUGGACCACAUCAAAGCACUUGAUCGUAUCGAAAAGGAGGCCGCCGUCGAAAAGGAUGACCAGGGAGUUCAGCAGCAGAACGACCAGCAGCAGUAG